UCGGAAAAGAUCGAUGAUGUCUGAGAAUGAACAACGAAGACUGGUGUCUUCCUUCCUCGAGAUCACGGUCGGAGAGACCGUUACCACCGCCCGACGGUUCCUGCAAGCGACAAGCUGGAACCUUGGCGAAGCUGUCCUCUUAUUCUACUCGGGAAAUCAGAAGGAUCAUGUAGAAGAAGACGAAGUUAAUGCUCCAUUGAUGCACGAUCCGAUGUGGGAACAAGAACAAGGAGGGGAUUCAUCAAGAUCUACCGGGGACUUAUUGGCCUCCUUGUACAAGCCUCCUUUUGAUCUGAUGUUCAAUGGGUCACUCCAUCAAGCGAAAUCUGCUGCUUCUGAUGAGGACAAAUGGCUUCUCGUGAAUCUGCAAUCCAGAAAGGAGUUCGCCUCUCAUACGCUUAAUCGAGACACGUGGGGGGACGAGGUCGUUUCGGAAACCAUCAAGAACAACUUCGUCUUCUUGCAGGUUGAACACGACACUACUGGUGGUCAGAAGAUUCAUACAUUCUACAAGAUCGAAACCCUGCCUGCGGUUCUUUUGAUUGAUCCGAUAACUGGGCAAAAGAUGCGUCUGUGGUAUGGAAUGGUCGAAGGCGAGAUCUUGCUUGAGGAAUUAGUACCUUUCAUGGACGAUGGCCCUAAACAGCAACUUCUUCGUAAGAAACAACACCCGACGUCGACCACAGAGGAACAAAAGCCUUCAUUGGAGACAGAGAAACCUUUGUCCGAAACUGCAACUGCUUCAUUAGAGACGCUGACUUUAUCUGAAAAAGACCAAGCUAACGCCAUGCCCAUGUUUCCUCCUCUUCCUCAAGAACCAAUCACGGGUGAUCCCCGCGUGCUGUGCAGAGUCGGUUUUCGCUUUCCAGAUGGACGAAGGCUCAUGAGGACCUUCCUGAAAACAGAACCCAUUCAGCUUCUUUGGUCGUUCUGCUACGCCCAGAUUCAGGAAUCGGAGAUGAAGCAGCCGUUCAAGCUGGUAGAGACGAGGACCCCUGGUUCAUCCAACGCCAUCGACUACGGUUCCAACCAAACCUUCGAGCAGUCUGGCCUCGCGAAUUCCAUCAUCUUCCUCUCCUGGGGAUGAUUAUCUCAUCCUCUUUUUUCCUUUUGUCUCUUCGUCUUUCUUUCCAAAAUCACGCAAGCUUGUUGAAGUACGAGGUUGCCACGUCAUGUUUGUGGUUUUAUAAUUGAGGAAAUUUGCCGAAAAUA